AUGUCAGAACAAAGUGACGCUGAACAAAGGAUAGUGCCAGACUCCAGAUUCAAAUGGCCAAGACCAUUUGGUAACUUGACAAGUGCCAGUGCUUAUCCACCAUGGAAGCCAGUCGAUACCAAGAAGGAAACGAGCCAGAUUUUUAGAUUUACCUUCUACACAACGGUUGGUGCUUAUGCAUGGUUAUACUUGUGGAAAAGAACCACAUUCAAGAUCGGGUUGCCAAUGACGGUUGUUACGUUUGCUACAGUCGCUACUGCGUCGAAGGGUAUGAUCACCAACUUGAGAGAAAAGAACGACGGAUGGAACACAUUCUGGGGAGUUGGUCUUGGUAACUUAGCUUGUUUGACUGCCGGUUUCAAGAACAUGCCGGUCAAACACAAGGUAUUGACAGGUAUUUCAGGUGCUGCGAUAGCCGCAGUCCUUGACCACUGGUCUUGGUCACAAUCUGCUAGUUUUGCCGGUAGAGACACCAAGCACGUUAUGGCUAAUACCGAUGAAGAAUUGCCAAAGCAACAAUUCUGGGAUGUCUGGAGAAGAAGACCAUUAUCGCAAACCGUGGAAGAAAUGGGUUCCGGUCGUGGUAUUUUCAAGGCGUAA